CAUAAAACCCGCUUAGACCCGAUUGGUUCUUGUUUUAAAUCGCAGCGACCAUAAACGACAUUCAUCCGUACAAAAUAUAACUUGCUCAUUAGUUGACGGGUGAAGAUGUUUAUCACGGGAAUACUCUGCAUUUGUUCUAUUGGGACCACCUUUGUGAACAGCAUUCCUUAUGGCGGGACCGGAAACACGUGGCACAUCCAUGUGACCAUGCACGUGUUCUCGGGUCGGCCCGACCCCAGCUGGUUGAUCCCCGACACACAUGGGUCAUACGAUAGCUUUCUGUCUCGGAUGAAACGGUUUCCUAAUGCGGACAUUCCAACUAGGCUCGGUUAUAGGGGAUUCACCCUCGUGCAUGUUCCUCCUGGUGAACGCCUUACAUCCGGGCAACUGUUCAACGUGUCCGUGACGUCAUUUCCGGACUGGGAAAUGGAGCUGCUCGCAACAUCUGCAGGAAACGAGCAGAGGGGCGGUGUUGACGAGUAUUUAAGGGACCAUUCGAAGCGAAUCAUACUACAAGGCCAGCAGGGACCAGAGCGAAGCAAACGGAGCCUGUACGACUCGUACGGUAACAACUAUGGGUCUCUGUUUUACGAACCCACGACCCGAGACCCGAUCUUCAGCCUCACGGACGCCGACAUGUACGAGCUCGCAAAGCUUCUCGGGGUCGACAAGCGUCUGCUGAACCAGACGACAACACCGCCACCACGUGGUCCGACAAAAUUUGAGCCUACAAAAUGGAGACCGUACUUUGUUCAGGAGCACAACAACUGCUACAACUACGUGAACAACCGAAUAACAGACACGUUUGCGCAACCCGGCCGGUCCAAGGACGAGUGUGGUAUGCCCGACGAACUAACAGGAAAUGACGUAAAAGUGGCGGCAAUUUGUGACGGACUGCAGGUGGUUCCCGCGCGUAACAUGUCGUCACUUCCUGAACAUGACUGGAAUUUGGUUGCAUUGGUGUUCUGGCCCCCAAAACUAGGAAGUAAAACGUUCGACUUCCACUGGUAUAGGUUGGACGGUGACGGCACGUGGUCGCACAAACCGGGUAAAACGUCCGCCACAAACGUGGACGAUUCAGGGCAACACAUCCGGGACCCCCGGCAUGCCGACCGGGGCGAAUACACAGAGUUCAUAGCGUUCAUGGAAACAAGACAGGAUAAAGUCCUCCUAAUAUAGACGAUGUAGAUAUAUGAGCCUUACUUUGGGAUAACGGGAGUUUAUGUAUGUAAAGAGGUGAAACAGAUUAGCCUGUGGAGUCCGCACAGGCUUAUCAGGGAUGACAACCUCAGUUUGUAUGGUAGAUUUCGUUUUAAGGAAGUAUCUUCUUUGGUAAAACCCAGUUAAGUUGGAUAAUUGUCGAAUAUGCAGUAAGCGCCGUUUUUCCACGGCGGGGCUCAUAUGUUUUCCUGAUCGAGACUUUGUUUAGAUACGAUGGUCUGUUACGAAAACUAAUCACCGUAUAGAACUCAAUUCAUGUGUAACAUUGAUGUAGUUAAGGAAUAUACAAUGUUUGAAGAAGUAAUUGUUUUGUCGGCAAGACAUAAUGUAAACGGUGUUUAUCUGGCAUUUGUAUAUCAACAGUAAUCAUACUUAGAGAUUUGAAAUGAAUGUCUAAGCAGGAACUAUACAAUAUAUAUUUGUUACAAUUGAUUGUACUUACAAAAUAAUGCUACAUACAUGUUUAGUGACUUUUAUAAUAAAAACUCAUGUCCAUUA